AUGCAGACUGAAGCCACUGACUCGACCCUGAGAGAGGGCAUAGAGGCUCUGGGUGUGAAGGACACAGAAAAACCUGCUGCUGGCACUGAGGAAGAGGGCAACACAGAAAUACAGGACACUGAGAUGACAGCUGAAACUGAGGAAGAAUCAGCAAACAAGGAGGACAAAGAUGGAGACACAGAUGCAGUGGAAGGAGAUGAACACAAAGAGGAACCUAAGGCGGAUGCGGUUAUCGGCUGCGAGGAGGGAAAGCAGGCAACAGAAGUGGACGGCGAAUGGGAGCUGGCAUACAGCGACGAAGAAAUGGAGGACCCCAAAAACUGGAUGCCUCCUCCUGCUGAGAUCAAAAGACUAUAUGAGAUCCUUGCUAAAGGGGAGAUGCUGGAAUUGAACUUUUUGCCCCUUCCAAGGAGGCCGCCCACACCUGAACAUACCCCCUCACCCGAAAGAGAUGACGAGGACGAUGAGACGGAGGAAAGGGAGAGGAAGGACAGGGAGCACAAGCCUCUAUCUCCAACUGAGUUUGACUUUGAUGAGGAGCAAACGCAAGCCACUCCAAAAAAUUCCUUCAUCAACAGACGCAGAACACCAGGAUCCUCGGCUCGCGCUUCUGUCAAACGGGAAGCCCGGCUGGAUAAAGUACUCUCGGACAUGAAGCGACACCGCAAAAUUGAGGAGCACAUCAUGCGCACAGGGCGAGAUCUCUUCAAGAGCGAGAAGAAGCUGGAGGAGGCCCUGUCUCCUAACAGUCAGAAGGAGCGGGAGAAGGAGAGGGAACGAGACAGCAACCCCAAUACUAUCUUCUCCCCAAGACAGAGGAGAUACUGAAGUAUUAAAAGAAAUGAGGACUUGCCCAGAGGCAAAAAGAGCUUUCCGACGCUUUCUCAAAACUUGAAUUUUUUAUGUAACGAGUUUUGUAUGUUUUCUAUGUGUGUUUUGUAUGAUGGCAAUAAACAUUUUAACCCUG